AUGUUUGAAUAAUAUUCUGAUAAUGAUACUUUCAUUUGCUUUGAAUAAUAAUGUCACUUAAGUAGAAUCAUCAAAAACUGGGAUUAAUUAAAAUUACAUAAUCAAUUCAAUCAUAAAGUUAUAUCAAAAUAAAAGUUUGAAAGCAAAGUUACUUAUAAAUUUAAUCAGUUUAAUUAAUCGUAGAAGAAAAAAAUGUAAGAAGAUAUUUAUUAAUAAAUUCAAUAUUAAGAGUAGAGAAUUAUUGGUAAAAUUUAAGAACUAUUUGAUUUUUUUUAGAAGUACGAUUAAUAAUAUAAUAUUUUAGAAUGCACAUGAAUUUAGUUGAAGAACAAAUUUACUUCGAUUAUUAAUUAUCAAAUUCUAAAUCUAUAGAAUCUGAUAUAUAAAAUUAAAUUUAAAUAUAUUAUGGAUAAUUAUAAACUCCAUAAUAAAAGCAAGCAGUUCUUUUUCUUGAUGAAAUUUAGUCUAAAUUAAAUUUAAUGGAAAAUGAUUUUCUGAAUUUAUUAGAAAAAAGUUUAACAAUAAGACAUCAAUAUUCUAAAAAUUCUUAAAUAUAGAAAACAACAGAAUUUAAUUUUUCAACCCUUCCUGACAUAAUUUCGCAACCUAUUGGAAUAUAAGAAAAUAGUUAUCAAACUUAACUGAUAUAAAUUAAGACAGAAUAAGUGAAAAAUGAUAUAAAAAAUUAAUUUUAGCAUGAAACACAUUAAAUUUAUGAUUAAAAUAUCGCAUAAGAAUAAUUUACUUUAAGUUAAAAUCAAUAAAUUGAAUAAGAUGAUAUGAAUAAUAUCCCUUUAAAAGGAUAUAAAUAAUUCCAAUAAUUAUAAUAAAACUAUUCUUAUCCUACAGAAAAUAUUUUAGAUAAAGAUGAUGAAAGAUUGAAAUUUUAAUAAGCGUCAGAAAUAGAAAAUACUAAAAAAAAAAAAAUUACUUUAUAAAAACCUACAUUCUCUAAUUGCUAUCUAUUCAAUUAAGGAUAAUAAGAAUGUUUUGAGGGAAAUAAUAUUAAAUAAUAAUAAUAAAAAGACAAGUAUUUAAUCUUUAUCAUAUUAAGAUCAGAAGUAUUAUAAAAAUCAAUUUGUUAAAAUAUAUAUAUUGGGAGAAAGUUUGAUUUAAUAAAUUCACAUAAACACCUCAAAUUUUCAGAAAAUAACAAAGCAUUUUAUUGUAAUCAGUCAGGUAUUGGUCUUGUUGCUGGGAUUUUAAACUUAGAAAAAGAUGCUCAAAUUAGAUUAAAAUUUUCUGAUUCACAAUAUCUUGAAUGUGUAAUAUAUUAUUUUGUAAAAUAAGCUAGCUCAAAUAGGAAUCAUAAAUGUAGACAAGAAUGGAAAAAUAAAAGGAACUCAAUGUUAUUGCCUAAAUGAAUAAGCAGGUAUGAAUCUGUUUAUUUCAAUUAGAGCUAAUUUCAAAUGAAGAUGUUUAUUAAGGAGAGUUUAAACUAGAGGAAGAUUAAGACUAUCUUAUAUCUUAUUCAUCAAAUAAAAGAAUGUUAUAUUUCAUUCAUGAAAAUAUUCGAGUAUAUUAUUUUUUCAAUUAGUCGUGUCUAAGUUUGGGUGAAACUUAAGGAUAAUUUAAAUUCUAUGUUAAAUUAUAUGGAUUAAAAGUAUAAAUUUUAAAAUGA